AUGAAACGAAAUCUCUGUGUAGCAGGGGGAGGAAGGAGACGCUACACCUCUCUGGUUCCCUCUUUCUACCUUGUUUCUGCUCAGAGAGCCGACACGAUGACCCCGCACGUGCCUGUCCCAUCAACCAUCGAGCAGGUGGACAGGCACAAGCCCGUGGCUUUCAUCCUGCAUGGCAUCCUCGGGAAUGGAAGGAACUGGCUUCCCUUCGCUCGUGCCAUGGCGCAUCGCCUCCCUGACUGGCAGUUCCUCCUGCUCGACCUCCGAGGACAUGGUGAGUCGCCAGCGCCGACACAGACCCGCCAUACCUUAAGAUGCUGCGCACGUGACGUGGAGCAUCUCGGGGAGAGGCUGGGGCGAGCAGCGGACGUGGUGAUAGGGCACAGCUUCGGGGGCAAAGUGGCCAUGGACUUGCUGGCCUGCGCUAGCCAUCCUCCCAAGACCACGUGGGUGCUUGACAGCUGGAUGCGGAGGAUGCCCGUGGAGCGCUUGCUGAUGCAGGAGGGAAAAGGGAGACCGGAAGAGGUCAACAGCAUCACGAACAACAUGAUCCCAGGAUCUAGCGUGGAGGUCAUGUCUAUCAUCGAAGACUUCCAGACGCCGAUAGCUGAGAGGAAGAUCGUCGCUGACAAGCUCUCUUCCCUCGGCUACUCCAAGGCGACUUGUGCCUGGAUGUUGUCGAAUCUCAAGCAGGAGAAGGACAGCAAGGGGAACAAGGGAUACGUCUGGCGCUUCGACCUGCGAGUGGCCAAGGAGCUGAUCUUGGACGCGGCAUCCGUCGACUCGAUGCCUCUACUGCAGGAACCGAGGGGGCAUGUCGGCAUCAUCCGAGCAGGACACGGGCUGCGCUGGACGGCAGAAGCUGUGAAGGAUCUCGAGGCGUGCGCGGAGAGGACGAGCCUGGUCAGAAGCUUCCUGCUACCCAACACAGGUCACUGGAUCCACGUGGACGCGCCGGAGGAGGUGAUGAACAUUCUGACUCCCUCCAUGGAGAGAGUGCACUCAUAA